AGAGGUGCAGUGCAGCCUGAGCUCGAGUGAGAUGCCUGUGUUCUCUCCUUGGAGCCAAGCCUUGCACCGCCUGCCCACUCACCGCUCAUCCUCAGAAUGUUUGGUAGAAACUAUUUAUCCUCAACCUGGCUGGGUUGAAAUUGAUCCUGAUAUUCUCUGGGCUCAGUUUGUUGCUGUAAUAAAAGAUGCUAUCAAAGAUGCGGGGAUACAGAUGAGUCAGAUUGUUGGUCUUGGCAUAUCAACACAGAGAGCAACUUUUAUUACAUGGAACAGGAAAACAGGAAAGCAUUUUCACAACUUCAUUAGUUGGCAAGACCUGAGAGCUACUGAACUUGUAAAAUCUUGCAAUAAUUCUCUUCUGAUGAAGCUAUUUCACAGUUACUGCCAAGUAGUUUACUUUUUCACUAGAAAGAGGCGAUUUUUAACAGGGAGCCAGUAUACUUUCACUACCCAGCAUGUUUCCUUGCGGUUGGCCUGGAUUUUACAGAAUAUGACUGAGGUACAAAAGGCAGUGGAAGAAGAAAAUUGUUGCUUUGGAACUGUUGAUACUUGGUUGUUACACAAACUCACAAAAGGUUCUUCAUAUGCCACGGAUUUUUCAAAUGCCAGUACAACUGGAUUUUUUGAUACAUAUCAGAUGUGCUGGAGCAGUUUCCUUACCUACGUGGCUUCCAUACCACUCUCUGUUCUACCUCCUAUAAAGGACACAAGCCACAAUUUUGGAACAGUGGAUGAGGAGAUAUUUGGUGUGCCUAUACCAAUAUUUGCCUUGGUUGGUGAUCAGCAGUCAGCCAUGUUUGGAGAGUGCUGCUUCCAGACAGGAGACGUGAAGCUAACCAUGGGAACUGGAACUUUUUUGGAUAUCAAUACUGGCAAUGACCCUCUGAAUGGUAUUCAAGGCUUUUAUCCGUUAAUUGGGUGGAAGAUUGGGCCAGAAGUUGUAUGCUUAGCUGAAGGCAAUGCAGGAGACACUGGGACUGCCAUAAAAUGGGCUCAACAAUUAGAUCUUUUCACAGAUGCUGCUGAGACUGAAAAAAUGGCCACAAGUCUUGAAGAUUCUGAAGGGGUUUAUUUUGUUCCAUCUUUUAGCGGGUUACAGGCUCCAUUAAAUGACCCUUGUGCGUGUGCCUCCUUUAUGGGUUUGAAGCCUUCCACCAGUAAAUACCAUCUGGUACGAGCAAUAUUGGAGUCAAUAGCAUUCAGAAACAAACAGUUAUAUGAGAUCAUGCAGAAAGAGAUCCGUAUUCCUGUCACAAAAAUCCGGGCAGAUGGAGGGGUGUGUAGGAAUGGUUUUGUCAUGCAGAUGACGUCAGACUUGAUCAAUGAGAGCAUAGACAGACCUGCCCACUUUGACAUGUCCUGCCUGGGUGCAGCUUCUCUGGCUGGCCUUGCUGUUGGGUUUUGGAAGGACAAGGAAGAACUAAAGAAACUGAGGCAAAGUGAAAUGGUUUUCAAGCCACAAAAGAAAUGGGAAGACUAUGAAAUGAAUAUGGAAAACUGGGUGAAAGCGGUGAAGCGCUCCAUGCAUUGUGCUGAGGAUUGAACCCAGUGCCUCGUGCAUGACAGGCAAGCCCUGAAGUACAUUUAGUGUUUGUCCAGUCUACUCAUUGCUCUGAGAUGAACAGCUGUGCAGGAGCUAACAGAAGGGCUAGCACUGUGUCCGCACUAAUGAUUUGCCUGUGGCCACUGAGCCAGAGACCCUGAGGACCAGCACAGUCCCCCAUUUUCAAACUUUAUUGCCAGAAACUCAAAGACAAGCCUUUGAAAUUAACCUAAAGCAAUUGACCACCCAGCCUGUUCUCAUGGUGUUUGCCCCUCCCUGCAUUUGGGGAUUUGGGUUUGGAUGAAUGAAUGGAUUUAUUCUCCUGUUGCCAAGACUAAUCACAUAAAGUCUUAGGGUUGUGGAAGUACCUAUUAGAAAAUAACGUUAUUAGGUGAUCUUCUUGUUAUUGUCAUGUAUAUCUGUUUUGGAGUCCAAUAUGAUAGAGCAGUCAGAUUGCAUUUUUGCAAAUCCCAUUUCGGUGACCUUGAAGUAUCUUCUUUUUUGUUUCUUUUUCUUUUUUUUGUAAAGUAUCUUCUUGAGUUACUAAAAUUUUCUUGGAGGGAGACAUUGCAACAAAUAUAUUGUACUGUAAACUCCAUUAAGAUUUGGAAAUAAAGUGUAUGUGGUGUCACGUACCUGUAAUCCCAGGACAAGGAGGAGGAAGCUGAGA